AUGGAUCGCGAAACAGGAAAUCUCACGAAAUCGUUUCAGCUGGCGGCGCAGAUGGCCGCUGCAACAGCUCAGCAAGCUGAAGCCAAGGUGGAGGAUGAUCUUGUGAAGCUGACCAGUUACUUUGAGGAGAAGAAAGCCUUGGCCAACAGACAGGCAAGCCGCAUCCUCAGUGUGAGCACCAUUCACCGGAGCUUCGCAUUCCAGAGAAGCAAAGCCAUGCUCGGAGCUCUCGGCCCGGUUUCCCGGGCACGUGUUUGUGACCUCUGGGGGGACGAGGACAACAGGACUACGCCACUCCAAAGAGUCCAACAAAGAGGAGUUCGGGGAACGAGGGAGACUUUGAUGGGACUGCUGGAGAACAUGUCCGUGCCGUCAGGGAAGCCAGUCAUUGUGGCCGACUUGGUUCCCAACCAGUUCAAUGAAUGGGGACGUGCAAUUGCCGAAAUGCAGAUUGAGAAGUUCGACAAUCCGACAAGUUGCUACAACUGGCACUUCGUCAGCUACCCUCAUCCAGAUGACUUGGAUGCAACAGCUUUGCAGCAGCACAUUGCUGGUGUCUUCAUGAAUGUGUGGUCCUCGGACUGGUGGGAUACUUCAAGUCAAGCUGGCCCUAAAGUUCGUCCACAGUCUGACACCGAACGCCUUGUCGUGCCAAGCUUGGAAGUCUUGUCGCUGGACACAGACUUCAAGGUGACGUUGCCGGAAUCGGUGAAGUCAGCACUGGGCACCAGCAAAUCCGAGUCUUUGCAGAAGAAGGUGAAUGCCCUGAAUCUGCAGUCGACUCCUCUGGGAAGCAGUACUCGCGCAGCCGUCUCUGGAGCAGGGGCAGGGCAAGCUGAAGGGAGGAAAAGUUACAGCGCCUACACAAACAAGAAGCUACGUUUGAUUUUUCGGUUAGAGCACAGUGGCGGGAAGUCUGCAGCCUUCGACACUGCAUUGAGGUCCUUCGUCCAGGCUCCCGCAUCAUCUUGCGACAAGAUUGAUGUCUUUAUCGAGACUGGCACCGAGCCAGGAAUUUACCUUGGCAACACGAGCGAAAGCGAGACUGUGACGAUGGAAGCCGGGGAGUUGUGCGGUUUCAACCUUGGAAGCUUCGUGGAGAGAGCGCAAGGCGCGGCAUGGAGUCUCCCUGUGAGUGAGUUUCACUGUCUUUGUGUGACCGUGACAGGCAUGGCACGGAACAACAAGGACAAGCACUUGCCGUUUAUGUUGGAGAAUGAUUGGUCCUUGGUCGUGUUCCUCGACCCCGUCCGUGGUAAGGUAGCCAUGUCUGUGGCAGACCUCGUGUGCCACGCAACCCAAACGCAUGGAAUCACGGAAGUGAACCUUGUGGACCACAUGCUCCAACAGAUGCUCGAGGACGAUGGUGUCUCGCUGAGGAUGUUUCGCUACACAUUGGAGCCGAAUGCCAAGUUGAAUUGCUUUGAGCCCAAGGCUCUGGAGGAGGGUGCCGAUGCCAGGUCCUCUCAACUUGGGGCUGCUAUGCGUGGUCGCUUCACCAAGUACCCUUUGAGCGGCCCCAACUGUGCCUUGUUGUGGGAGGCACGACGCGGGUUCAAGUUGAAGUUGAUGUUUCAUCUCUGA